CCCUUGCUCUCUUUCCCUCUCUGUCUUACCGGUGUGGCUUGCUGGCUUCUUUAUCUGAGAGAGGCUUGUGAUAUUUGCUACGCUGAAGCUCGCUGUACAUACUGUACCUGACUUCAUCAUCAACGACUAUUCUAUUUGUUGAACUUGCUACGGCCUGACUUCGAGAUGGAUCACUCAAUGCAUGGCAUGAUGGACAUGGACCAUGGUCAUGAUCAUGGUGAUAUGGAUAUGGGUGAUGGACAGUGCAAUAUGAAUAUGCUGUUCACCUGGUCUACGAAGAACCUCUGCAUCGUCUUUCCCCAAUGGCGCAUUACCAGCACCUGGUCCCUUCUGGGUUCACUUAUUGUCAUCGUCCUUUUGACGGCCGGCUAUGAGGGGAUUCGACAGCUUACACGGCGGUUCGAAGCAGCUCACGCCAGGAGGCUGAGUGCAUAUACUACGGUUGCUGUUGGAGGCAGCGAGGCCCACGACGAUUCUGCCACGGCCAAUGUCCCUUCUAGCCAGACGCUGCCUGCCCCGAACACCGGCUCACCCCUAGUUGUAGGCAGGGAUAGCCGAAGGACCGUCGAGCAAAGAGGCAAGAUCACCAUGGCAGCUUUGUAUGCUGUGCAGGUAUUCUAUAGCUUUUUCAUCAUGCUGCUCUUCAUGACGUACAAUGGAUUCGUCAUGCUCGCAGUUGCCGUUGGUGCCUUUGUGGGAUAUUUGGCGUUUGGGGACAACACCUCUGCCAGCAAAUCGGUUGCUUGUCAUUAAUGGACUGUAAGCACGAAGGCUUGCCUGAAGUUUGGCGGGAACCGGGCAUAUUUUAAGCAGUAGCCUCGUUAGGCAGCGUCUUGUCGUUUGGAAACAGCAUCAGUUGCAUACUCGUCUAAUGAACAUUCAUGCGUUCACUUGCAAGCAGCGGAGACUGCAAUUAGGGGACUUCAACAUCGCUGUCAUCUCCAAACCCGAAGCUAAACCCGCCUCCUUCGGCGGCAUCACCUCCGUCUUGCUCUGCAUUUCCGUGCACAAUUUCGUCCCACUUCCGUUUCUUCCCCUCGUUCUUCUUCUGCAGCUCUGCCUGCGCCUGUUCCAAUAGCUCAGGAUGCGAUUUCUGCAUCUGCGCCACAAACCGUUCGUAGGGAUUGUUAACGUCCUUUCUGAAACCUGAAACCUGGUCUGCCUUGUUAGACAAGAAGUCCAGCGCGGCGCUCAGGUGGG